CGAUCGUACGGGAAUGGUGGUUUGAUACAACUGUUUUAUUAUUUGUUAAUUUAUCACAAGAAAAACUACGAUGGAGCAAAGUUUUCGAGAAAAAAUUGUGGAGGAAAUAUCGCUACAAUUCCCCUGCCGUGAAACUAUCAUUCGCAAGUUGUACCAGUACUAUGGGACAGGGGAUCCUUUUCCGCCUGCUAUCUACAUGUACGGUCAUACCUCGACAGGGAAAUCGUCCGUUCUUGAAUCGUUGUUUUCACGCUUGGACGGUAUAAGAUACGUAGUACUUAACACGAUCGGUGCCUAUACGAACAAAAUCUUCUUCGAAACUAUCGCUCAAGAGUUGCAAGAUCAUUUGUUGUCUUCGGCAAACAAUUAUAGUUACAGUCGCAAACUUGAGUACAUGAAAGACUUCCUCGCAGAGCUGCGGAAACUCGAACCUGCCUUUUCGUACGUCAUUGUACUCGAGAAUGCUGAGCGUUUACGUGAUAUGGACCAUAAUGUGCUCCCGAUGAUGCUGCAGCUUCCUGAAGCCACGGGAUUGAACAUAUCCGUUGUGCUGGUUUCAUCGUUGCCGUUCGAGAAAUACUACACCAGAACCGGCCUGCCGCCGUUGAUAAAAUUGUUCGUGCCCGAGUACACACGGGACGAUAUACAGCGGAUAUUGAUGAACGAUUAUGAGAAGAUUAAGCUGGAUGCAUGCGAUAGAACCAAUUUCUGUGAUUUAUCCCCAAGCGAGCAGGCGAAGCGAAGUAGUCUGGUAGAAAAAACUCUAACUAAAGAAUUCUACGCCAACUAUGUGAACAUCUUUCUUAGCACCUUUUGGAAGGUUUGCCGUGAUGUGAAGGAGCUGCAGCUGGUUGCUAACGAGUGCUUCGUGAAAUAUUACGAACCGGUGCUAGAGGGAACGAUCGACGCGCAGGAUGCGAUGAAACUUUGGCGUAAUAUUUCGAAAGUCAUGAGAUCCGCCCUUAGUACGAUCUACAUGCGCAUGGGAAUGGUCAGCCAGCAGGACGUUCCGGUGCGUCUAGCUCAAAACAUAGAGUUGCCCUAUUACGCCAAAUAUUUGCUAAUUGCGGCGUAUUUAGCAAGCCACAAUGCUGCCAAGGAGGACAAACGUCUGUUUAUGAAAAAUCAUGGAAAACAGAAGAAACGACUGCAAACCGUUAAUGCACGUGCCAAGGUAGUGGAAAAAAUGGCAACACAACUGGGCCCGAAACCGUUCAGCGUGGACAGACUGCUGGCAAUUUUCUACGCCAUCAUAGACGAAAAGGUUGGAUUAACAUGCAAUCUAUUGGCGCAGAUCCCAACAUUGAUGCACCUCAAGUUUCUCACGUGCUCUACGGGUGAAAGCAGCACCUUGGAAGGAUCGUCACGACUGCAAUGCAACGUCGGGCUGGACUUCAUCGUGCAGAUUGGCCGUAUGGUCGGGUUCAAUGUGCGCCAGUAUUUGAGUGAUUUUGUUUAG